AUGACUUCUUCUAGGCUCAGAAGGCUGACCCGCAAUGCUCUGAAAUCAGAGAUAUACAAAGAGUUGAGCGACUCAGAGUCACAGUCAGAGGGAGAAGAAAGUGACUACGAAAUCGUUGCCGCACCAAGGCCCAUCAAGAGAAGUAAGAACUCAAAGGCAGGACCCCCUACUAAGCGGGCAAGAGUUCCUCGCGGAAAGAAUGUUAAUUUGGACCAAUUGGAAGCAGGCUUGCCUGAGAACUACCUUUAUCAAGCGUUAGCCCAGCCAGACAUUGACACUCAGGAUUUGGCGUUGGAAUGGAUUGAAUCAUAUACAGAGGAUGAGGAAGAAGCAAAAAAUACUUCGUUGACUAUAUUAAUAAACUUGUUGCUCCGCAGCUGUGGAUCAGUGUACUUGUUCGAAGCACAUGAUUUAGUCAAUCUCGAGUCAGCAGCAGAGACAGUUGGCGAACUAACAAUUCUUUUUGGGAACCAAAAAUCACACAGAUAUCCAUUUAAGGCACUCCCAGCUUUCAAGAGUAAUGUGUUGUCAUUUUUUGAAGAUUUGAUCAAAAUUGCCCAUGAGAAGGGUUCCUUAUACAAAUACAAUAAGGAUGAUCAAGAGGAAGAUGAUGCUGACACUUACUUGGCAUCUCCCUUAAUGAAUCAGAUAUUGACUUGGAUUUCAUCCUUGAGCACAUGUACAAUAAGACCACUCAGAUUUAUUGCUACCCUGAUUUUGCUCAGUAUCCAAAAUCAACUUUGUCAUAUCAUCAAUUCAGUUGUGAUCAAUUUGGAAAAGUCACAACGUCAAUUAACCAGGGCUAACCAAAAAAAUAAAUCAAAAAUUCAAACAAUAUCGAGAGCAGUGCAAAGUUACCAGAAUCAGAAAGAUACCAUUUUAGAGUAUUUUAGUGAAAUAGGUGAUAUCACCUUGGGUCAUAGGUAUCGCGAUAUAGAUCCUGUUAUACGUCAAGAGUGUAUUAAAUACUUGGGGCAAGCUAUGAUGAUUUUCCCUGAUCAUUUUUUUCAACCUACUUUCCUCCGAUUCUAUGGGUGGUUAUUAUCAGACCCUUCGAGCCUGGUCAGAAUCGAGGUUACUAAAGUUUUAUUGAGGCUCUAUAAGAAUUUUACUGGUUCAGGAAAAUCAAGCUCUAAUAACUUGAAUAUCGGGUUUAGACAGUUUACUGAGAGAUAUAAAGAACAACUCAUCAAGAUGAACAAACUCGAUUCAGACGUCAAUGUUCGCUUCAAUACUUUAAGCAUCUGUUGCGAAUUGUUGAAGAUUGGGUUCUUAAAUGAUUCUGAAUGCUAUGAUAUCAUAUCAAUUUUCUUCUCAGUAAAUGGAGGAGAUGAUUUUUAUUCAAGAACCAUGUCAAAAACUAAUUACAAUAAAUUUAAAACAGAGAUAGCCAAAUUUGUUACUAUCUUGAAUGACUUAAAGUUGAAAGAACGUUUAGAGAAGUAUGCUAGGAUUCUUGAUAGCUAUCUGUCUCCGCAAUUUGAUGAGGGGGAUGUUUUAAGUCUAAAAUCCUGUUUAAGGCUCAAAGAAUUGAUUGACAUUUUGCAAAAUUGUGCUGAUCAUUACAAAGAAAAUUUGCUGCCAGAAGUGCAAGAUACAUUCCUGCUCAAGAAGCAAAUCUCGGCAGUUUUUGAAUCUGUUUACGCUACACCAACUUUCGAUAACACGUGGGAGGUAUUAAUCAAAUACUUGACACUUGAUAUUCAACUGGUUGUUUUCAUACCCCAGGAUGACCAAUUGAAUGAAAAUAAUAUAGACAUUGACCAGUUAAAGAAUGCUCUUGAUUUAUCGGAAGCAAAAGAUAAAGACUAUUUGUUAUAUUUUGUCGAUGGUUCCAUUGGCUCUAUAAUAUCGAGGAAAGGGCCUGAACUUUCAAACAUAUUAACAAAGUUGGUCAACUACGUUCCAACUCUCCAAUCUUUGGUGAAGUCAAAAGAGAGACUUUCUAUAUUUUUAUCCAUCUGGUACAAGUUGGUUCAAUCUAACGAGGCUGCUUCUAACAUUAUUACUUCCUUCAAUGAACUAGGGCAUUUGCAACAGUACAACGACAUUACGAUUAAAUUGUUGAAAGAAUACCAAGCUUUUACGUUUACCGCUAAUGAAACUAAUUCGGAAGUAUUGAGUGAAUAUGAGCUAUUAUUCGCAAAAUUGUUCGAAAGCUAUGACCAGGUCGUAACUACAGGAUUAAGUAUCCGAACACCAGAAAUCAAAAUUCAAGUUCAGAAUACAAUCGAGGAAUUAGUGGGUGAAUUGAAAGUGAUUUUCAAAACAAGCAGACUUGAUAAUGCAAGUACAGAUAAUGAGUUGGGAACUCAAAAGAGAGUACUUCAAACUAUUACGGAAGUAUUAGUUCCAUUUUCAAAGUUACAAAAAUUGGGAGAUUUUAUUGAUCUCAAUGAAUAUUUGAAUACCUCCAGUACAUCCCAAGACUUAUCAGUGUUUAGUUCAACAGUGCACACCAUGAGAAUUUUUAAGGUUCAGGUAUUUUUGCAAUCGUGGACUCAGAAUUUUUUACAAGCAUCCCCAAGACUUAUUCAAAGCUUUAGAGCAGUUUUAGAUUUGUUCCUAAUAACCACUUCAUGGAAUCUUGAGAAAAUUAUCGCCUUGGAAGAUGAAUGUCUUCAAGCAAACUACGACAUAGCCUUUUUAUUUCAGAGAUUGAAUGAACUCAUUCCCGUGUUAGUUGGCAUUUUGGAGGAUUCCAAACAUCUGAUCGAAUUCAUUAUAGAUCAGGAUUUGAAAUCAAGGUAUUUUCUUAUCAAAACAAUUAAUGAAAUCCGGACCUUAGUGGCAGCUAAGUUGAUUGAUUUUAUCACGUCGAUCAAAGUGUUGUACGUCAAGUUCAAGUCAAAAAACGCAUUCAAGAAUUUUGAUGACUUUUUUGGGAAUAAGAAUGGCAUAGGGUUCCUAUAUGUGGUGAGAUUAAUACCCGAAGAACUUCAAAACCAACUCCUUGACCUCUUCUUGUACAAGGAAGCCCAGUUGGGCCGUGUGCUUGAAAUCGAGUUAGACAGGAAUGACAUCGAGAAUGUGAACAUUGAGGACUUAUUUUUGGGUGAAGAAGAAGGAAGCCCUGAAAGUGAAGAAGAAGCCUUACAGCGCAGUGUGUUUGAUUCGGACGAUGAAUCUGAUAUCGAGGGUUCGGAAAAUAAGCAAUUGGUUCAACAACAAAGGUUGCGGAAUCAAGAAUUGAAACAGAAAGAUGCGAAACAAAAGAAAGUUUGGGGUCUUGAAAAAGAGUUGUGUGUUUACACCUUGAAGAUGUUCGCGUUGAUUGAUAUGUCAAUAAUCGAGGAGAAGAUUGACACCAGAGUUCAGCUCAAUUCUGACAAGAUUGGUGGGGUUUUUGCUAGACUCGUUAAGCAGCACAGUGCUCAAGAUGGCGGUCCAUCCGGCGGAACUGUUCCUCAAGUUCGAGUGGCUCCUAACGCCCAUACUGAGGACGCAAACCAUCAACGUCUACAAGAGUCACCUGAGCCGGAAGAACAGAUUCAGGACCCAGAAACCGAGUUGGCCACCGAUCUACCACCAGCCGAGCUUGAGCCUGUCCAAGCAGGAUCGCCUUGA